GCGACUUUGUUAUUAUCUCAUUUUCUCUGCUGCGCAUUUUGCCUUUGUCCGAAAUUUAGAAGAAAACAACACAGUUAAACGCUUGCAAAAAGCACGAAAAAUUGCUUAAUAACCAUUCAAAUAAACAUUUCGUCAGGCAUUGCGUAACUGAGUGCCAAACCCAAAAAACUAGAAGGAACACCAAAAGGCCAAACAAUUACAAAAACAGAAAGUGUUCAAAUAUAUAGCACAAAUUACUUGGCAACAAACUGCGUAUAUAUUCGUUGAUAUAAAUUCGCCACCAGCAGCUGAUUUCGCAAAUCAAGGAAAAGAUGCUCGAUUUGGAGAUCCUGCCGGAGAACUCGCUGGGAUGCGACGCCUGGGAGUUUGUCCUGGGGAUGCACUUCUCGCAGGCCAUUUCCAUAAUUCAAUCCCAGGUGGGGAUCAUCAAAGGAGUACAGGUCCUGUACUCGGACACGAAUCCCCUGGGAGUGGAUAUAAUCAUCAAUCUGCCACAGGAUGGAGUGCGUCUGAUCUUCGAUCCUGUGCUGCAGCGUCUGAAGACUAUUGAGGUCUUUAACAUGAAGCUGGUGAAGCUCCGCUACGGAGGUGUUUAUUUCAAUUCUCCUGAAGUCCUGCCCAGCAUCGAGCAGAUAGAACAUUCCUUUGGAGCCACGCAUCCUGGUGUCUACGAUGCAGCAAAACAGCUCUUUGCUCUCCACUUCCGAGGCCUGAGCUUCUAUUUCCCGGUGGACAGUAAACUGCACUCGGGCUACGCCCACGGACUGGGUUCCCUGGUGUUCCUCAAUGGCGCCUCACCAGUAGUCUCUAAGAUGUCUCUUUAUGCGGGCAGUAAUGUCACCGAAAACAGAGCACCACCCCUCCCGCUGGCCUGCUACCAUCGCCAGAUGUACUUGGAGUCGGCUACUGUCCUUCGCACAUCCUAUGGCCACACCAAGGGAUUGAAGCUGAAACUCUUUACCGAGGGAUCUGGAAGAGCUCUGGAGCCUCGUCGGCAGUGCUUUACCAGGGAGCUUCUCUUUGGGGACAGCUGCGAAGAUGUGGCCACCAGUCUGGGUGCUCCCAACCGGAUUUUCUUCAAAAGCGAAGACAAGAUGAAGAUUCACAGCUCCAGUGUGAAUCGGCAGGCCCAGAGCAAGCGUAGUGAUAUAUUCUUUAACUAUUUUACGCUGGGGAUCGAUGUUCUGUUCGAUGCCCGCACACAGACCUGCAAGAAGUUCAUCCUGCACACAAACUAUCCGGGCCACUUCAACUUCAACAUGUACCAUCGCUGCGAGUUCCAUUUCCAGCUGCAGGCGGACCAUCCUACAACGAUCGAAAGUAGUAACGAUUUGGUGACGCCCGCAAAACAGGACCAUGUCAACAUAACCGCGUACACAAAGUGGGACGAGAUCAGCGGCUCACUGGCAACUUCGGAGCGACCUGUAGUGCUCCACAGAGCCAGUUCGACCAACACAGCGAAUCCUUUUGGCUCAACCUUCUGCUACGGCUACCAGGAUCUGAUCUUCGAGGUGAUGCCGAACAAUCACAUCGCCUCCGUGACGCUGUAUAACACGGCUCCUCCGCGGCAGCCGGCCCACACUUGGCAGCAGCACAAGAUGCAGGACAUCCGCCUUACCGUGGCAUAGUUGUCGCCCUUCGUGUUCUAAUCUUUAAGCUACAUCAAUGAUCUAACCUAGGCAUAAAUUAGACAGAUAUAUAGUAACAUAUAUAUUAUAUAUACAUGGUACACGUAGAUUUCUAUCAUAAUCUAAGCCAAUCAUCGGACGAACCCCCUGACCAGGUUCAUUCUGCGGUAUUCCAUUGUGUUAGAUCGAUUCGAUUCUUUAAUUUGAU